GAGGAAGACCGUACACCCUGCCCGGUGUGCGAGCGGUCCUUCAGUCGCCCAGAGCACAUGUACCGGCACUUGCUCAUCCACCAAGGCCAGGAAGAUGGCAUGCAGCAACAACACGUCUGUUCGGUGUGCAACAAGGAGUACUCUCGAAAGGAUGCCCUUCUCCGCCAUCAACAGACGCAUGGACCAGAAGUUGCGGACGCGCUCGCCGCCAGCUCUCGUCUGGCCUCGCCGGACCAGCGACGAGCUCCAACUAGAAUACGAAAAGCUUGUGAGCGCUGUUCUCGCAUGAAGAUCCGUUGCGAUGGCCAGAGACCAUGCCAGAAGUGC